AGAUAUGCAUGAUUUGAACUCAAAUACUUUUUCAAUUUUACGAUGCAAACCCUGAUAUCUAGCUGCUUAAUAUCUAUGCUAUGAAUCUGAAAAAGGACAGAAGGGACUUUUUAUUAUGACCUGAUGCUAAUCUUUACUUAGCUGUCGACCACUGCAUUUUCUUCUGUACCAAAUAUACACAUGGUCUUUAUGCAACGUCUUUUAUAUGGUUUGCUUUCCAGAUUGUAUGAGAAUCUCCUAAGCAAUUCUCUUCAACUAAAUACCUCAAACACCAGCUUGCGACAGGUCUGCUUCAGAACUCUGUGCCUUGACUACCGAUGGAGGAUGACAGAAAAGUGAUAGGUUUUGCUGAAAUCGUUCCCAGACUUCAAUACUGGACAACGAUAGCCCAAGUCCUUGACAAGCAGAAACCUCUACUAUCAAAAGCAGGAAAUCGUUAUCAGAAGCUUACUCUGAUUGAUAACCAGGGAAUUACAGUGGAAGCUAUGAUAUACAAGUCAGAUAUAGAAUUCUUCCGCAACCACUUCAACUUGUACAAACGUUACAUGAUAUCCAAUGCAAGAGUUGAAUACACUCCGCUGGAAUACCGUGCACAUGAAAAUCAAUGCACCUGGUAUAUUGACAACUCUACCAUUGUCCAAGCAAUCGAUGAAGCAAGCCCUCCAGAAAUUCCCUCUGUUUUCACAUUCACACCUUUCAGAAGAUUCUAUCAACAUAUUGAUGACACUUCAGACAUAGAUACCCUUGGCAUUGUUGCACAAGUUCAUCCACGAAAUCACAGAGGCCCUACCCCAACCAGAGAAAUUGUCAUCAUAGAUAACAGCUUCAUGCCAGUCAUCCUAACCUUGUGGGGUGAGCAUGAAACAGAUGAAGGGCAGACUAUUGCAAAUAUCAUUCAAUCAAUGCCACUCAUUGUCGCACUUCGAGUGAAGGUCUCAUCCUAUCACACUCUGAAUCUAUCAACAAAGUUUGGCUCAAGUAUUUUGGUUAACCCUCCUAUACAACAAGGUGCCUCACUGAAACAAUGGGCUGUGGAAAACAAGUCACAAAUUACUGAGCUCAUUGCACAAAAGGCAUACUGUGAUCGAGCAAAACUCCUACCACAACCCUCAGAAGAUGAGCUCUGCACAAUCGCAGACUUCCUCAAAUUCCCAACGAAAAAAGCUUACUGGAUUCAAGGAACUCCACGAUUUCUCGACAGAAGCCAGCACCUAUGGUAUAAUGCAUGCUCAAACUGUCACAAAUCAUUCAGAGCAAAACCACUCUGGAAAAUUGUCUGCACCUCCUGCAACAAGCAAGUGAAUGUCGUUCCAAGAUGUAGAUUAACCAUAGAGCUGGCUGACUACUCUGGAAUGCUCACACUUGAUCUAUAUGACAAUGAUGCAGAGCAACUAUUGCCCUUCACUCUGCUUGAAAUUCAAGAACUUGAAGACAAGCACCAACUCAACUACAUUGCUAUUGAACAAGCUAUUGAAAACACCAUUCUCACUUGCUUUGUGAAAAAAAUGAUGGGAAACCGUGGAUCCGGGGACACAGAAAAAUACACAGCCAUAAUAGUGCACAAAGCAAAUGCUCCAGAAAUCAUAUCAAAGAUUCCUACAACCCCAGCAUCGAUUGCUACUUCCUCCACAUGCGCUUCCUCGACUCCAGGACCAUCAACUGCAGAAGCUGUCCCAAAACACUCAACUUUUGACAGUGAGUUAUUCACAGCUCUCAAAAUUACAGAAAGUCCAACUAAGAGACAACGCACUGACGUGACUGAUAUGGAGCAGUAGAAUGUAAUAUCCUUACUUAAACUUUUGAUACACCUUUUGAACAUCUGAUCAUUAGCAAUCUCCAAUAUUGUAUAUAACGCUGAUGCAGCUAGAUAGCUAAAGAUCUGAACUAGAUCAUUCGCUCAGCUUGCCUACGCUUUUGAAUAUUAUGUAUAUCACAAAAAACUGUAGGCUAUGCUUUUUGAAGAGCAACUCUGUAAAUUACAUCGAUGCUAUGUUCAUAAAAUGUACUUCUAUCCAGGCUACAUGCCAUAGCUUCACAAAA